AUGGCUGCUGCUGGUUCAGCUCCUAUUGCAAUAGGCACAAGGGGAACCGUAGGAUCGCUGCUCAAGAAGGAAAUCGAGUACUUCGCCAAGCUCGAGUUAGAAGCACAUGGCGGCGUUGGUGGUAGUAGUAGUAGUGGUAGGUCAUGGAAAUCACAUGUACAAGUGGAAAUGGAUUGCUCGAAUGGUCAUUCGAGGUCCGGUUUCUGGUUCUCGAUCGUCGGCUGGAAAAGGAAGAAACGAAGAGCAGGCAACGAGAACAACAACGGCGGGUUCUUACCGAGUAUGUGUUCUGCAAUCGAAGUUGCAGACAUGAAUAGAUUUAACCUAUGUUGCACUGAUACGGAUACGGGGACGGGGACAGGAAACGGCAAUUUCUAA